AUGCUUUUCAGAUUAUUCCUUUCUUCUUUGUCUUUUCUUUACACUGAUUCUAUUGACUCAAACAGCUCAUCAUUUCUCUCUCUAUCUCUCUGUUUGGGAACACUUUCUCUUUUGCUCCGAAGAGCGCAUUGCAUUCAUCUCUCCCCUACUCAAUGUCCAUCUAGGUAUGCUUUCCUCAUCUUGUUUGUUGCACUUUUCUCUUUACAUCUUGUUGUUUGUCUCUCUUUGCUCUCCUCAUCUCUUUGGCUGUCUCUCUGCUCUCCUCACCUCUUUGGCUGUCUCUCUGCUCUCCUCAUCUCUUUGGCUGUCUCUCUGCUCUCCUCACCUCUUUGGCUGUCUCUCUGUCUCAUCUCUUUGGCUGUCUCUCUGCUCUCCUCACCUCUUUGGCUGUCUCUCUGCUCUCCUCAUCUCUUUGGCUGUCUCUCUGCUCUCCUCAUCUCUUUGGCUGUCUCUCUGCUCUCCUCACCUCUUUGGCUGUCUCUCUGCUCUCCUCAUCUCUUUGGCUGUCUCUCUGCUCUCCUCACCUCUUUGGCUGUCUCUCUGCUCUCCUCACCUCUUUGGCUGUCUCUCUGCUCUCCUCACCUCUUUGGCUGUCUCUCUGCUCUCCUCAUCUUGUCUAUAUCUUUUUACUCUUCUCAUUUUGUUGUCUGUCUCUUUUUGCUCUCUUCUUGUCUGUCUCUUUUUUCUCUAACUUGUGUCUCACUCUUUGCUAUUGUCUGUCACUCUUUUGUCACCUCCUCUUGUCUGUAUCUUUUUACUCUUCUCAUUUUGUUGUCCCUCCCCUUCUUGUUGUCUCUUUUUUCUCUAACACUCACUUUUGCUGUUGUCUGUCACUCUUUGUCACCUCAUCUUACCGUUUCUCCUCUUCUCCUUGGAAUUCUCUUGGAAUUCUUUCCUGUCACAACACAGAAGCACAAUAUUGUUCUUCUCCCCAUCACCUGUCUAUGCCCUACCCCUAACAGCACUUUACUCUCUAAUAUUUGUGCUUUUCAAGAUCAUUUGAUCUCUCUUCUUGUGGUGCUAAAUCCACUUACCGUUUCUCCUCUUCUCCUUGGAAUUCUCUUGAAUUCUUUCCUGUCUAACACAGAAGCACAAUAUUGGAUACCAGAUGAGUACCCACCGAGUAUGCAGAAAAUUAAGCUGGAUAAGCAGCGAGAUCGUAUCAAUGAAGAACUUAAAAGAAAACGACAGAAUAGAAUUAUGCAGCCAACAACUGACUGCCGACCAUCUUCAGGGAGGAAGAACCAAGAGGAAUCCCGUCCACUGAUGAUUGAGUCUCCAUCAUCCAAAUUGUCCUUAGCCAAUACAAAUUAUGCUUAUGAUGGCCCAGGUGGUAACUUUGAAGUGAACAACAGUGAUGGUGUGACGGAUGUGCCUGCAUUUAAUGUCACCCCUGAUGAUAGCAAAGACUUCAGUGACAGCGACAGUGAUAUCCCCACCAUUUCUACUGAUGGUAGCCAGAGAGGAUUGAUUCUAGAUGACGAAGUUGAUGACGAGAGCAUCCCUAUCGCCCCACAGCCGCUGCCCUCACCUGCCAUUCUUGCACCACAGUCAGAUUUUGACAUUCAAAAUGAAUUACAUGGGAUGUUGUCUUUGGACACUCGGGAGAGUUUGGAUGAAUUUGUGCUGAAACCUGCCAUGCAAGGAACUAUUGUUAAAUGCCGUAUAACAAGAGACAAACGCGGUGUUGACCGUAGCGUCUAUCCCACAUAUUAUCUGCACAUGGAAAGAGAAGAUGGUAAGAAACAGUUUCUCCUUGCUGGAAGGAAGAGAAAAAAAAGCACAACAUCCAACUAUCUCAUUUCGACAGACCCCACAGAUUUAUCCCGAGGAGGGGAAGCAUACAUUGGCAAACUUAGGUCCAAUUUAUUGGGGACUCAGUUCACAUUAUACGACAAAGGCACAAAUCCCAGAAAAUCUGUUGGCAUCUCAAACCCUGAACAAACUGGAGUCGCUCGGAGGGAGUUAGUGGGCAUUGUAUACGACACAAAUGUUCUUGGUUUCAAGGGUCCCCGUAAAAUGACUGUAAUCAUUCCUGGAAUGAACCUGAGCCAUGACAGAGUGGAAGUAAUUCCAUGUGAUGAUCACGAUGGGCUCAUAGAACGAUGGAAACGGAAAAAUAUGGAUAAUAUGUUAGAGCUACAUAACAAGACGCCCGUGUGGAAUGAAGAAACUCAGUCGUAUGUUUUGAAUUUUCAUGGACGAGUGACACAAGCAUCAGUGAAAAAUUUUCAGAUUGUUCACGACAAUGACAUCGAUUAUAUUGUCAUGCAGUUUGGUCGAGUCGCUGAAGAUGUUUUCACAAUGGACUUUCAGUAUCCUUGCUGUGCCCUGCAAGCAUUUGGUAUUGCCCUUAGCAGUUUCGACAGCAAAUUGGCUUGUGAAUAA